AUGGCCGGCAGUGAUUUAUUCGGGACUGCUGGAAGAAAACUAUCGUAGGUUUUUCAUCACCUGUUCGAAAUUUUCAGGACAUCUGGAUCGAGCAUGUAUCACGUGCUUGGCGUUCCGAAGCGUGCGGAAGAAGAUGACAUAAAGCGGGCCUUCAGAAAAGUAUGUGUGGAUGAAGUAUAUUUGUUGGAAGAUCCUUCCGAACUAUUUGUUUUGGCUUCCUUACAUUAGGGACGAUGACUUGGAUUACUUACCUAGAGAAUUUAUCAUGGCCAUCUCCAAUCUUUCAUUAUAAUAUAAGUUGCAAAAUAACAUAUGACGCAUGCAUUUUGUCAGAAUUUUUAGUGUUGAACUUAGGUACAAUUUGCAGUUUUUGCAUCUUAUUCUGCCGAAAAUGAUUUCUGUCGAAGUUCAGUCGUAUGUACCCUUCGUGUGAUAUUCGAAGGGCAAGAUUAUGUCCAUAUGGCAGCUGUUGUGCCGCAGGGAACUAAUACAAGUAUCUUAGACUUCCAAACAUUAAUAAAACACUGUAACGCCCGAUAGUGGCGGCCCGCUAAAAAUGUCAUUCUAAGCAAGCCUUUGUUGCACAAAUACGCAUGUGGCCCUUACACCCCUCGUAAAUAAAAAUUAUCGAUUAAACUACUAAGUAUACAUGUGAUCGGUUAUCAUAUAUUUUUGUAAAGACUCGAUAACUCAGUCGAUUGCAGUUAGUUAUCAAGGUCGAAUGAUUUUGGAGAUACGUUCAGAUGUCUGAGACCUUAUGUAAAACCACGAGGAGUACUGGAUCUCGUCUAGGUGCGCCACCUCUAAGAGCCCGUUGACCCGAAUACGAUGAGCCGACCUCGAUUUCCCGUCUCCCAGUAUUCCUAUAUAUGGAUCGUCGUUGCGCGGAACGCGUGUUCCACAGGCCGAUACGUAUGGUUAACCGUAGCAUGGACGAGCUUAUGCAUGUGUUAAUCAGCGCAGGGCUUCUACUUGUUGCUGCCAUUUGUAGUUUUAGACUAGGCUAACUCUUGAAUUGCACUGCGCAAGCUCUUACUUCUUACUUUAUCGAGUACUAAGGAUCAUUUCACGUCUCCCCCUGUCGUAUAUUCCAAAAGACACUUAUGUUGCCUUGUUCUGCGCUUCAAUUCCUUGUUCUUACCAGAUUGGACUCAUUCCCUUCUAUCGUCUCCUUAUCCGCCGAGUUGGUUUGUUAUUUCAGUCAGAAUUCUAGAGCACAGGUCCCUUCCAAAUCGAAUGCUCAUGCCUGACUGCCUUGCGCGCGAUAUUUUCUCUCCCUACAGUAGUCAUUGUCAUCAUCUACUAUUUACAGCCGAACCAAACCAUAAUGUGCGCAGUGUUGGUUACUACCGAUUUCGACAUCUUAGUAAAGUAUCCUUUCGUGCGCUCGCCUGCCUCUUUUUUCUCGCAUUCAGCGAGGUACAUUCUCUUGCAGUUUAUAUUGGUCACGGAUGCCCACUUAUUUUCUAGAAACACACAUCCUGUCCUUGGUAAACCAGUCUUUCGAAAAGUAUUUCCUCUGCGUAUACAAGUCUCCUCGCUGUUUUGUCAAAGCUUGAUCAAAAAUCCCUACAUGCCACAAUUUCCGACCACCUUACGCAUCGUAUAUCCACAACAACCUUUGUAAAACACUCAAAUACGGCCAGUGGCCAAUCACACACAAGGGGUCUGAAGAAAUACUCAAAUGUUUACUUUCUCUGUGGGUCAUUGGACAUUAAUUUCUGGCCACGUAUUCGAUGUUGAGUGGUCCUCAUUCAGGAUCGGGACAGAUGAGUCCCGGUUUAUACGUCUGAGAUCGACGUUAAUGUAAAGUCUCAUUAACCAUGUAUUUUGAGUUUGUUUAUCAGCGCAUCCUCUCCCUUUUCAUCACAAAUCGCCUGCAGGAGGCCCAAAUACAGUAAUGUAACAACGACUGUCAUUAAAGAAACCAUAAACCACUACAUCAUACACCUAAAGUCUUUAGUUCGCCUUCAGACGCUACUCCAUUGAAAUGUAAUGGGUGUUAUGUCAUAUCUAUGUUUAAUGGAGCCAACUUACAACUUUACAUGACAUAAUCUAUGUCCCCUUUCUCACGUUAGGUGCGAUUGCCGGCUACGAGUUUACAUACCUGUAUUUGUGAUUCUGAUACAUGUUCCACGCUUUGAAUGAAGCCGAAGUUUGCUUUUGUCGCAGGCAUUGUUAUGGGUGGGGAUUUAAUUUAUAUCACCUUCCACUUUAGCCGCAAAGAUCAUCAAAACCUUUUCCCAGUUCUCUACAUAUUGUGAAGUUAAGCUAGUGCGUAAACCUUUUACUGGCAAUAAAAAAGAUGCCUGGUUCAUCCAGCUAUGUCGGUAGGCAUGCACUGCAUUCUAAAUCAGAUAACUUUGAUUUCUCAGAAAUUGCAUGUAUAUUUCGAGAAAAUAUCCUUGCAUGCACGCCACUGCCCCCACAAUACAGAACUUGCGAAAUGAUUCUUUGAAAUAUUUGCUUUAGGCUGCUCUGCGUUUUCACCCUGACAAAAAUCCAGACAACCCGGCCGCAGCUGAAAUUGCAAGUUAUCUUUUGCUUUAUUUGUUUGAUUUUUUUAUUAUCUGAUCGAUAAUUUUGACUGUUUUGCGAACGUUUUUCUCAACUGAUAUUUAGGUCAUUACGUGUGAAACCAGCAUUGUCCCAAAUUUUAUGGUGCAUUUUUUAUAGUUAAUUACGUCCUCUGUUUGCCAUCUUUUCGAAUUAUACGCAAGAUUAUGCUUGCGUAGUUUCAACUUUUCCAUAUUUGAACUGGCAACCUUUCUGUAUUUAUCCGAAAGUGUAGUUCAACCUACUGUUAAUGUUUGAGUUUGACGUAAUGCAAUUUUCGUUUGACAGAAUAUAAUUCUUAUGGUCGGAUAGUAUUUAUUUCUCUCCUUUGAGAAUGUGUCACCUGUAUCAUAUCGUCCGAACCCGAAAGUCACACGUCAAACUGUUGCGUGCAUAUUCUAAGAUACGGCCGGUUAGUACGCAAAAUGUUAUGAACUGGUCUCAUGGCAGAUGGUUUGUCUAAUUUGGACAUUAUUGCUUACAGAAAGUUGCCCUUUUAUCCAAUGAGUAGUCACCCGUUAACUUGUAAUUCAGUCAUCUGUUCGAAAUAUGCAAUAUUUCCACGCACCGUUGGUUGUUACCGCAUUCAGUAGUGGUCAACCCUAAGCACUCGAGAUUUUUGAACUAUCUGUCGAGGGCUGGGUUUUCGAGAGAGGAGUCAUUGGGUAAAACCUAAAAUUUCUUCCCUGGAAAUCUUUUAGCCGUCACGUGGUGCCGCUUAUCAAUUACGUGUCCGCAUAUAACGUGCCAUCUGAUGUCAUAUUCUAUAUCUCCUACUAACCUAUUUUACUGGACUGUGGAUUUAAAUUGAUAGAUAGGAAUGAUACCGGUAUUACGGUGUAUCUCGGAAGUCUCCGCUAAUUUAUCCAGGAGGGUAUUAGUUUUUCGUUUGUCGUAAAUAAGGGAACUUUUCAGACGGUUGCUGGUAAUUUUUCCCCGGGACCCUAUCAUGUUUGGUAUUAUUAAACUUGCUGAAUAGGCCAAGGUCUUUUAUUUUAGCUGACUCUCACAAUCGCAAAACAACGUCUUUACCACAUUUUUGGCAGUUAUAUACAGACACGACGCAAGGUCAAUUCUUACUUGCUAACUAAUUUUUCAUGGUAUAGCAUCUUUUAAAUUCUAUCACCCCAUCCCCUUCAGUUCAAUUUGAUUGAGUAGCCCCGCGAGCCAUCGUAUUGAGUACAUGCUAAUGUGGGUCAUUUGCGAAAGUUUAUACUUUUGUUUGAAGUUCAUCAGGGCCCUGUUAGAGAAUUUCGUGCCUCCUUUUGACGUCCGAUACGUUAAUCUAGUUGUACUUUUCGUUGUCUUUUUCAGUUCAAAGACGUCAACCGAGCCUAUCAAGUUCUCAUGGAUCCUGUUAAACGCAGCAUCUACGAUAAGUACGGCAGUGUAGGCCUGUCAAUAGCCGAGCAGGUUGGAGAGGACAAUGUCCAAGCCUACUUUAUGCUAACAAGCAAAUGGUGCAAGGUCAGCGACACUCCUCUAUGCCCAGUUUUUAAGUAAACCAAAGCUUGCAACGUUUAAGUAAUGGGCGUACUAAGAGUACCAAAAUAAUCACAACCCUGUUCUGCUUUAGAGGAGGAGGGGAAAGACACACGUAGGAGUCGUAUAUACUGUGCAGGAUCUCAUUGGUUGCCAGAGCCCCCUACGCACAGCCUGCGCCCGGGUCUGUUUGCUGGUAUCAGUUUGGCUAGUUGAUUGAGGUGGUAGCUGAUUUCGUGGACGCCUGUGAUUGGCUGUCCCAGAGGCCGCAUGCGGGCAUGUUCCAGCCGCUCGAGCGCCAUGAUCGAGCGAUCCACAGCACGGCGUAGGUGCCAGGGGUGGAAGCCUUAGACACGCGUGAGGCAUUGCACGCUUGCCAAGGGGAGUGGGGCACAUUGUGCGUAUUGUUUUCUGAUCGCUCUCGAUAGUGCGUCUUGUUCAAAGCUGAAUUUUCGGUUGGCUGUUAAUGACGAUAGAAGUCUUUUUCUCUUUUCGACUUCUGCUCCGCCAGAUCGAGUAAGCUCUAAAACAUGAAUAUGAACCUCUCAAAACCGUGCACGCUCAUAUUGUCUUGAAUACUAGACUGACUCCGGUAUAAAACAGUAGUAAAUAUAGAUAGUUAGGAACUUUCGGUCCCGUUCCGACAUAGGCGAUUUCAGAAACGCCCAAUACGACCGACUAGAUCAGUUCAAGCCAGUACAACGAUUGCCUGUGACCGUGCAGUUUUCGUAUUUCCUGCGCGAUCGAGCAGGACUGUAGUCCACAUGCCUUGUCAUAAUCCAGAAAGCCCUGGACUGCACAAUCAAUGUCAUGCAUUUUCUUACUUCAAGGAAUCAAGUUAAGAUGGAUACCCACUUUUACAAUGACGCGAUUUUUUGAAGGCGACAAGUAGGUAAAAGGCAACCAACUUGCUUUCUGCCAAUAUACGUGGAAGGUACGCGUGUUAUGGAUUGGUCGCAAACCUCACUGGUUGCCCGUCCAACAACUCUUCUUGACCCGCGUCCCCAAACCAGAACUCAACAGCAAGGGUGGAAGGAAGUGUGUAUUGACGCAUUCUAACAGUGUUUAUAAGCCAAAAGGGAACCUACGGGAAUGUCCAAAGUCAGCUUGAAAUCCGACCAAUCAGAUACCGUCCUUGAGUGGCUAGUGUGUCGGCUGGACUUUUGGCUCACCUGACUGGUUGGGUAGACCUCCAAUCCUGUCGGGAGCCGGCGUGAAACCAGCACGCGCACGGCUUGCGGGCGGAUCACUAAGGCGGCGUACCAACAACAUAUUUUAUCUAAUCCCUAGCCGCCCUCGGUAGGGAUCCUGGAAGGAAUGCGUACGGACUUCCUUUAGGAAAAAGUAUCUUAGUUGUUCAGUAUGAGUGAACAACUGAGGAGAUUGAAAUCUCAGUCAACUCGCUACUAACGGAAUUUGGCGAGUUUGAAAUACUGAUCAUCUACCCUCCAGUAUCUCCCUGAAUAUUACUUGCUGACUAAUCAUAAUAUGCAAUUGUGUUAAACAUUUUGGUCUUUCACUGAUGGCCUUUCAACACCUUUAUUUCGUACUCUUCUAGGGGUUGUUCUUCUUCUGCUGCGCGAUCACUGGUUGCUACUUCUGCUGUUGCUGUUGCUUCUGCUGCAACUUUUGUUGCGGCAAAUUUAAGCCUCCAGCACACGAGCCUGUGCCCGAGGAGCUAAAUUUACGUGUAAGUCGGAUUUUCUGAUUCUUCAGAAUGUUGCUUUCUGAGUUGCUACAAAAGUACGUAGAAGUCUAGGACGUAAGGUUUCUGCUCCUGGUCUUUCCCCACGUGGAAAUUCCAAAAUAACGGAUGCUAUCUUUUCCCUGUUGCGGGACCAUUCUGGUUAACGCACAGCCGCGAAUUUCACUGGUCUUAUUUGACGCGUUCAACCAGAUGUGCUUAUGAACGAGAACGGUCAGUGCCCAUGUUUGUACUUAUUCCAACGCAAACCGUAGAGAGCCUUAUUGAACGAACAAAUCUUUAUCUGUCCUGUGGCGACUUUAUUACGCAGAUACCUAAAAGAGCCUUAUAUGCCGAGUCUAACAUAGGCAGUCUUAGGUUGAAAGGAGAACCGCAUAUAGAGAGUCCUACCGACGUCAAUUUAAGAUCGGUGGAGACGACUGAAUGACUGUUGAACAAUUUUACCACUGACGAUUGGGAGCCUUUCGACCGAACAGUUUCCGCCUACCACAUAUCACGUUAGUAAAAUAAUGGGCAAGGACAAUUCGUAUCAACAUCCUCUGGAUACUUUGACUUCGUUUUUCUUGCUACUUAAUUUAGUGAAGUAGCGUAAGACGUAAAGAAGAUGAACGUGCGAUCAAUAGAAGAGUAGGUGUGUAAGGCCUGAGUUUUCAGACACGUUCCGGAACCCAAUAUCAGAAACUACGAGAGUACAGCAACACAUGGACAGUUUUUGUAUUCAACUCACGAGGGAGGAGAAGGAAGGAGGGUUAGUGUUCGCGACUGGGCUGGAUCCACGCCAUCUAACUCACUGUGGACUCACGUCGUGGUAACAGCGUGCGUUCUUGUCUGGGAACUGAGCUGCGCCACUUCGCCGUUUGAGUGCAGCGCGUGAUACGGUGGGAGAUAUAUCGGUCUGUCUGUUUAUGGAGUUGGUCUCAGACAUCCAGACCUCCAGCAGUCCCGACCCUGUCUCUUUGCUGGCUCGCGCCAAUAUCCGCAGGCUCACAAAGUUCAAUUUGUGACCUUCCCCCAGGAUGUAAGUAGUAACUUGAAGCAGUUAAUCGCCACUUCGGACGGUCCGUUUGCGCUGAAGUGCUCGUGAUCUGAAUCGUCCGGUCUAGCCUAUAUAAUGAUGAUUUGAUAAAUCACGCCUCGUUGCCCACCUAUGCCCAGUCGGUCCUUCAUUUGCAUGAUUUUGGUACUCACGGUAACUGCCGGAGGGUGGGCAAUACCCACGCAAAGUUCUGCGGCAGUGCGCUCCCUUUCUUUCGAUACAUUCUUUACAUAUGACAGAGGAUGACAGCGUGUCGGUGGCCCUCUUUCGUUUGUUCUUUGUGGGCGCGUACGGAGACAGUGGCAGAUGAAAUUAUUUGGAUAGCCGUUCCUUGCUCAUUUGUCUCGAAGAUACCGUAGUUCUUGUACUGGCCCCGCAGGCACUCUGCAGUGCGUUUUUGCCCUUUCGUAGAACGCUCAACACAGCCACGUUUGUGUGCCAUCGGGUGGUGGUUGCUAUGGUAGUUGAGGACUUGGGUUGUGUUAGUUGUCAUGCUUCACACCGUUGUGGUAAUUUCACCAUUAGUUCUACAUGCGAUGAGAACGUAAAGGAAGGGAAACUGUUCAGGGCAAUGCCGUCAAGCAGGUCCUGAUUGUCCGUCCUUCUCAAUUAGAACGAACGUGUUGUCCACGUAUCAGCGCCAAAACGCAGGUUCGCAGUGGCUUAAAGCGACCUUCUCCAGCUCUUGUAGGGAAAAUUUUGCAAUUAGUGCAGAUGUUGGGGAACCCAUCAACGUUUCUUUGGCCUGCUCUUUUGUUCUGCCAUCGAGAGUGCAGAAGUUCGUUGGUAGAAUGCAAAGAGUUGCACUGGAUACUCACUUUCCAGUUUUCUCUCGUUUUAUCAUAUUUAUUUUCGAGCCUCUUGUGUAGAACAACGCGCGCUUGGUUUGGCAGAGUACAGUAGGUGUGCUAACACAUGAAGUGUUAACCGAAAUUUUAAAAUCCGUCCUUGACUCGAAUCAACGUACGGCAUAAUCGUAUGAUAAUUCAAAUACUUUGGGAUGCCGGCUUUUGAACGAACCUCUUUUCGGCCGCCUGCGAAAACUACACUUUAAAAAAUGGCUACUUAAGUGGCAUGAAUUUUUCUCACUAAUUUUCGAUGCCCUUAUAACUCAAAUAUAUUUAGUCGAAAGCAUGCAUAACAUAUUCAUUCUUUUAUACAUUUUGUAGGAAAUUACGCCUCCCUCAAACUUUAUACUUAAACGAUAGGUACAAUUUGACUUUAAAAAAUUUCCAAUUCCUGAAUAAUUUUGAACUCGAUCUGCCGCCACACUUAUAUUCAGGGUUUCAAAACUACAAGCUGUACAUUUAUCGUGUACGGAAAAUCAUAAAUUUUUAUACGGUAUUAAGAGAAAGCCAUACGAAGUUCAUACUAUUUAGCAGUAGAUUUGGGCCAUAAUGUAAACUUUACAAGCAACAUUGUUAAAUGCACAGGUACGAUGCUUUAUGAACGGGCAUCUUACAGUCUUAAAAAAUAUCAUAAUUGGAAACUUUUUGAGGCUAAAUUGCAUCCACCGUUUAAGUAUAAAGUUUGAGGCGGCCGAAAAGAGUUUCGUUCAAAAGCCGGCAUCCCAAAGUAUUUGAAUUAUCAUGGGAUUAUGCUGCGCGUUGAUUAAUAUUACAACCCUACUUAAAUAAUCUUUUCGAGUCAAGGACGGAUUUUAAAAUUUCGGUUAACACUUCAUGAGUUAGCACAUCUACUGUACCCUACCAAACCUAUCGCGCGUUGUUCUACACAAAUGGCUCGAAAAGAAAUAUGAUAAAACGAGGGAAAACAGGAAAGGGAGUAUCCAGUGCGACUCUUUGCAUUCUACCAACGGACUUCUGCACUUUCAAUGGCAGAACAUACGAGUGACUGAUGCGCUACGAUAAUACAGGUUUUCCCUACGAUAAUACAGGUUUUCCGCCUGGACAAGAGUAAGGUGUCCGGAACGCUAACCUUGAUCCCAACUCAAACUCAUGGUUUGGUGAAUCCGGACGCGAUAGUACGUAGCAUAUCCUACGCCUUACUGUACAUUACCACCGACGUCAUCAUCUUUUAAAUAUUCCUACCUACCCUGGCAAAAUAAGUAGCACAGUAUGCACACAAUAUAACGCGGGAGUUGUCCGUUUCAUUGGUGCGAGCGCACGUCUAUGGUCAGUGACAUCAUCACCUACUGCGCACAAAGCUGGUUCAGUGUUCUCACAGGUUCCCUCCUUGUAGCGACUUAAAACACGCCAAGGGUUGAUGCACUUAUAUAAAUAAACGGCGCCUUUACGAGAUUUUUUAAAAUCAUUGUUCGCUUUUUGCGUUCUGUUUUGGCUACCCCUACAACUCCGGUUCCCACUAAGCCCUAUUAUUGGUGACUUAUAAGUUGAUUUAAAAGGGGUGUUACGGCACCAUAUCGCCUUGUUAAAGCUUGCGGUUUUAGGGCAAAAUUUUAAUGUGCUCUAACUUUCAGGAGGACGCUUUUGAUGAUCUGGAUCCACCAAUGCAGCAAGUGCCCCCGCCCUACGACCCAGACCGUUUGAUGCAGGAGGCGUUCAAUACCUCUGCACCCACCGCGGCACCCAUGCCACCACCGACUAAAGUUACCGUAACUCAGCAGCCCCGGUCUGUCCAAAUGCCGACCUAUUAA